GCCGCGCGCGCUAGUCGUAAGUUUUCGCCGGUUUCGAAUCGUCGCGCCACAUCGCGUUGCGUCGCUCGUUCGUUUCCGUCUACGUCAUACGUGAUACGGAAACGCCGUGCUCCUGUACGGAGACAGACGGGUCUGUGAUUUUUUUAUUUAGAAAUUCGUGUGAAAAUGAUCGCGGCGACGUGGUAGAUCCUCAGGGUGAUGAUCGGGCGUCACGUUCCGCGUGAGUGCAUUGCUCUCGAUCCCGGGAAGAAGUGAGACGCGAGAUAGUGACGAGUGUCGCGCGUUCGAUCGUUGUUGUAUAUAUCAUUGUUGAUUGUGACUGUUUUACUCUGCUCGCCUCGGCCCAUCAGCCGCCUGACAUUCAUCCUGCCACGUACACACAGGAUACUUCGAGGAUCGUCAAGGAUAAGGACGGAGUCGCGACAUGGACUUCGUAAUAUUAAAGGUAAACGGACAAGACGUUUCAAACUCUAGUCACGAGGAUGCCGUGCGCUGCUUUCAAUCGGCCCAGGAGCCAAUCAUCGUCGAAGUCCUUCGACGACAACCUGGGCAACAGGUUCCUCACACACCCUCGAAGGAACACGAAAGGAUCGUAUGUCAGGAUAAGAGCGAGGGAACGACGAACGGAAAGGGUCCGAUAGAAGAACGUGUGUGCAACGACGAUGUCAAGAAGGACACGGCGUGUCCUUUGGUGUCGACUGCGGUCCAAACGGACUGGGCUGGUCUCAUAGAGGAGGAAGAGUUGCUGCCGGGUCCUCUGGUCGAGGAACAAGCGAACGACAGCUUCGAGGACUUUCUUGCUCAUGACAUCGACUUUGAGGAGGUGACGUUGCGGAAAAGCGGAAGUGCCGAGAAGCUUGGACUGACCGUGUGCUAUAGUUCUGGUUCCGGCAGCGAGGACGUCGACACAGAGGUUUAUAUCUCGGAAAUAGUUCCUGAAAGUCUCGCAGCCCGGGACGGUCGGCUGCGAGAAGGAGAUCAAAUCUUGCGGGUCAACGGCAAGGAUGUCGCGAAUAAGGAGCAGACUGAGAACUUGUUCGCGGAGACAAAAACUGCGGUGACAAUUCUCGUCAGCCGAUGCGUAUAUCAAGACGACGAAUAUGAUGACAGACGCAUCUAUCAUGAAGGGUCGCCGCCGCUUUCGCCUGAGAACCUGCCAGCGUAUCAAAAUAGCAUGAUCGAGCAGCUGAUCCGUCAACAGCAGCAGCAAACGGAGGAACGUACCAAAGAAACCGAGAUAAACAACUGCACCUUGAAAGCACCUCCACCUAUACCUUCUCAUACUCAGCAGCAACAACAGCAGCAACAACAGCAGCAGCAACAACAACAACAACAGCAACAACAGCAGCAGCCACAGCAACAGCAGCAGUCUAUCAACAUCUUCUCCACGAACUCCUCGUCCACAUGUUCGUCGCAGAACUCGCAAAAGUCAAGCGGCAAGAAUGCGACUUCGCCGGCACAUCACACGGAAGAGCGUAACAAACAGUGGAUGCAAGAUUCGUUGAAGGAUUGCUCCAAGAGGCUCGAGGGUAUCUCGCUACGCAGCCAACAACCUGGACCCCCGCAGCCGCCAACGCCGACGGUGAAGCUCGUUGAAGCUUACUCGAGCCACGUGUGGAGCGACACGGAGCACAUCUACGAGACGAUACCGGAGUCGGACAGUGAGCCAAUUUACUCGUCGCCGUACGAACAUCACCAGCAUUGGACGCAGCAAUCGAACCAUGCGACUACGCCAUUGCAGCACAGCAGUGGCCAAGCCAGCACAACACAGAAUCACCUGUCUGCCAGUGGACAACAGAACCAAAAGUGGUCCUCUUCAAAGAGCAACAGUUCUGGCGAGGAGAAGGACAGCUCGAGCGCGUACAACACUGGCGAGUCUUGCCACAGCAAUCCCUUAACCUUGGAGCUUCAACAGGGCGAGAGAGAUCAUCAUAAGAGUACGUUGGUAUUGUGUCCGCCGCCGAAGACACCGCAACAGCAACAAAAGCUGAGCUGCAAUUGUCCUAUGACGCCAAGCGCGACGUCCGCGCCGUCCGUGACGCUCAGACAAUCGUCGAAGAAUCAAAGUGUGAGAAAGAGCUCGUCGUCGUCCUCACAUCAUCACAGAGAUCGUAAUGAUUUGUCGAUGAACGCCAACACGCUGCCAGCUGACACCAUGUAUACGAACGUGGCAAAUCUGCAACAAACGAUGAUGUUGCAGCAACAGCUGUUCAAGCAGGCGCUCAAUCGAAAGAACAUCACAACAUCUAAGGAAACAUCGGCGGGCGGCGCGAGAAAGUCCAAGUCGCACGGCAACUUUCAGGCGCCGAAUCUCACGCAGUACCAGUUUGUCGGCAGUCAGCAGGUGUGCACGUCCACCACGUGGACACCGCCAGAGGACAAGGGCGAGGUGCAGAUGGAGUGGAAGGUGAAGAGGAGAGCGGAUGGGACGAGGUACAUCGCCAGGAGGCCCGUAAGAAAUCGGAUAUUACGAAAUCGGGCAAUCAAGAUCUGCGAAGAGAGAGCUGGUCACACCACAGAGGACGAUGCCAUGUCGGAGAUGAAGGUCGGACGCUACUGGAGCAAGGAGGAGCGCAAACGACAGUUGGAACGCGCGCGUGAGCGCAAGCAACGACAGCAGGAACUAAUGCUGCAACAGCAACAGCAGCAGAUGCAACAAACCAACGAUCUACUAAUAUGCGAACAUAUAGAAGACAAGGGAUCGAAGAAGCCCUUAAACAUCGUAGAACUCAGUCACAAGAAAAUGGCGCGUAAAAAGACGACCCUAGAUGAUUUCACCACCGUACAAGAAAUGUUGGUUCACGGAAACAGGGUGGGAGCAAACGGUCCCGGCACGGGGGGAAAAUUAAUGGGUCUGCUAUCGGUUACUACGGUAUAAGCAAACUCUUUGCGCGCUCUGUCUCUAGUUCGUUCCAAGUCAAUCAUUCGUCGCGCAGAAAUAUAGGAAAUCGCGCGCAAAGAUAUAUUUUUACGAAUGACUUUUAUAUAGUACGAGAAAAACAUUAAAAUAUUUUACCGCAUGUAACACUCCUCCCGAAUUAUCUACGUGACACUACUUAUGUAUCUGUUUUAUAUAAUUCGUAUGAAUAUAACUGCUUGUGCAUCGUGCAAAGGCAAUGUUAAAGAUUAGAGUUUGUUUGAAUAAUCAAAGAUUAUUUGCACUCUCUCUCUCUCUAUCUAUACAUAUACAUAUAUAUAUAUAUAUAUAUAUAUAUAUAUAUAAUGCGCGCAGACUUCAUUCGACGAUCACACUGCAAAGUUCUUAUAAUAUAUAUAACACAAGUAUAUAUAUAAAUAUAUAUAUAUAUAUAUAUAUGCAUGUGAUAUCUUUGAUUAUUAACACGAAAAAGAUGUAAUUUAACGUUGAUUAUAUAAAAACAACAAAAAUAUUUAUAUUUAAUUUUCUGCUGGAUGUGUAGUAUACGGAACAUUCAAUCAUUUUUGUGAUUUUAUAAUAAAAAUGAAAAAUGCGAAAAGGACAUGUUAAAAAACACUGAAUAAAGCGAGGGAACUUAAAUUGUCGCUAAAUUAUAGACAUGUGUGGAGUUUAUACAGCACGUUUGCCCUAAAUCAAUCUUGUAAAUACUUAUGACGCCGUAAUAUACGUAGAUUAUUUUAUACACGUGAAAUAUUCAAUGCGCAGAGACGGUAAUUAUAAAUUUGUAGAUAUGUAUAAUAAGCGAUAUAUUAAUAUAAUCAAUAUUAUCUUUUUUGUUUUGUGCGUUAUGAUAUAAAAAUAUGUGGCAGGGCAAUGUAUCAGAGGACCAUCGCCUUAAUGUCGAUUCCAUUGUUGACUUAUUUUCGUGAACAUCGAAUGGUGUGUUUUACAGAUUAUAGCACGCUGUUUUGCGUAAUUUUUACAUGAUUUUGUAAAGUAGCUAGAGAAUGGACGUAAUAUGUGAAUGAUACGUACUCGAAAUUGGGGAUAUAUCUCUGGUAUAAGUGUAAAAAAGCUGUUUUUUUUUAUUCUCAUGCAUAUAACUCGUAUAUGCAUCGAGAUUAUUUUUUCCCUGCAGAAAACAAUCAAAUACUAGAAUCCCAUACUGCCAAUAAUGUCUGCCCUGUGACUCUAUGUACUUUAAAGUAUGUAUGUACAUGCGUAUAUGGAAAAGAGAAAAAUCUAAUGAGUGCGAAAAUCAAAUAUGCGAUGCUUCGAUAAAACGAUUGUCACGCGUACUUUUUAAUGAGAAUUUACUGCAUAAUAUAUGCAUCAGGAAUGAUAUUAGAUACUAUAAUAUUGUAGAAAAUAUGUUGUAUGAUUUAGAUUACAUAUAAACGAUUGCGCGUAUGUAUGCUGUCUUUUGUAUGUAGAUGCGAUUUAACGAUUCUAAAAAUAUGUGUAAUGUAAAUAAAACCCAAAUAUAAAAUAUAGCAUUAAUAUAUGCAAUGGUGGCGACAAAUUGCAAUGAUUAUCGUAAUUGUACUUGUAAUAAUCCUUUUUUUAGAUCUUGUGUCAAAAUAAUACAAGAAAAUAAUUGGCGACAACAUUUAUAAUAAUGGAAAUAAUGAACGUUGUCGCGGAGUAUAGAAAAGAUCGUUUAUUAUGAAA